GAGUACACCUAUCACCACCCAAACCUACCAUCAUCUUCCCUGCAAACGCUGCAUUAUCGCCCCGAGUUAGAGUGAAGCGCAGCCGCCGAGGAAGAGUUCGAGCAGAGUGUCUUCGAGGACAACAUGGCUGCUGCCACUGACUCCGGCAUCCGCACCCCCCUGACUAGCAGCAUCGCCCGCUCCCCUCGAUCACCUGAUACUGCAUCGCCCAUCUACCCCGACCGUGCUAUUCGGCCAUUGCCUCGGAGUAGGCUCAUCUCGCGGCUUAGUCCUGAGGUGGCAUCGACUAUUGUCUACCCGGCGCACCCACCACCUCUUGCCUCGCCACUGCCUCCCGUAACGCAGCAGGAGGUCUUGCGUAAUGGUCGUUACAUUCCCGGCGACAAGGACGGUCAUCUUCAGAAUGGUGCAAUCAGUGGCCCGCACGUGCAUGAUGCCCCGGCGUACUACCAUCGACACGAUCUUGAGGUCGGACAUUGCACUUGUGGGCAUGAUGAUGGCGAGAUCGGAGAUAGUGGUGAAGAGGAGAUCGAGUUCGAUCAUCCAGAUUACCGAUACGCUACGGCGCCGCAUACGAAUGGCAUGGGAGCUGCAGGCAGGGCGCCCCUAGAUUCCGUACAACGGCGGCUUAUGGAAGCUGCGAGAAUAGGCGCCGGCAAAGUGCCUUCGCUGCCUACUGCUUCGACCGCGAGUUCAGCGGACGGAUACGAGAGCUUUGAGAAUACGAGCAACAAGAAGAAGCGGAAGAUUCCGCUCAGCACGAAUAGCAGCAUGAUGCACCAGUCCUCACUGAGUGCAGAGAUGGCGAGCAUGGGCAUAUCAGGUCAGCAGGAUGGAGUGGAUGACGGUGCGGUGGCGGUGCAGUCCCAACCGUAUCAUCCACCCGCAGUAUCUGGUUCAGGCACCGGCGUCAGUGGUGCUGGUAGAGGAAGGUACGGACGCCACGAGAAUGUGCGCAAUGGGCUUAGGCGACCAUUGGGAAGUGGCAGUGGCAACUUAACAAAUGGUCAUGGAUCACAGAGAGCGGGUGGUGUGCGAGCUGGGUUGAGCGAUAUCAAGGGUGUUGGCGGCGGUGGUAAGACACAGUUCCUCUUCUCGUUUCGGGCAGGCACGCGCGCAUGCCCAUUGUGUUGGAUACACGCACCGCACCUUCCCGCUACGAUUAUAUCUGAAAAGCUUGUUACUGACGCUUAUCGAUUGACUCACCAGGCACGGACGGUAUCGAAAACAGCUCCACUGGAGGCAUUAUCAGCCAAGCGAUCAAAAGCGCUGCAGAGCAAGGCCCGCUUACACCACAGAGCGCACACGAGAACAAAUCGAACAAUCAGUCACUCCUUCAGUCACCGACCCCUCCAAACGCCUCACCAAACACUUCACGCGAGAAGACACAGUUCACAUUCAACUGCGACUCCGAAAGUGCAACGAAGAUGGCGGAGCAAGAGCAGUUGUACCGUCAGCAGCUCAGAGCACCAUAUCACCCGGAUGGCACGCUACCAGGUACGUAUCCGGCUAUUCCACCAAACGCAGGGGGCGCGGGCAGGAUACAGAAUGGUCAGCAUGUCCCAGGCACGAAUGCUGUCAUGAAGAGGUCGCAGAAUGGGCACGCGAACGUACCUUCUCUCAAUGGUGGCCCUGUCCCAGCAGCCGUUCGCCCACCGCCACCUGCCCCUGUGGGUGGCCUGCCACCAAACCAACAGUUGCCUGCAGCGCCUCCCGCUCAAACACCAGCCCCCGCACCGCGCAAGCCAAGACGCUUACGACCCGCCGAGAUAUAUGCGGAAGCGGCGCGGGCCCGCCAGCAGCAGCAGGAGUACACCAACUACCACCACCGUCCGACCA